CAAAAACAGCAUGGCUUUAUUCACAUUUCAGCAUAAGACCGUGAUCACGCUUUCUUGCGUUUUUUGUGUGAAAUGUGCGAGGAGCGUGCGUGGAAUCGAUUCUUGUCUCCUUGUCUUGAGCAGGGUUAUAUAAAAAUCAAGAAAAGCCAUGCGCCGCUGCAUUCGCAGCUAAUCCUAUCUGCGCCCUCCAUUUCCGAUCCAUCCAUUUCGCGACCCUUCCUUCCUUCCUUCCUUCAUCUUCUUCAUCUCCCUGAACUCGCGCAUUCUCCGGCCAAGGAGCCGCCUUUGCGAGUCUUUCCUCGGACCCAUCAAGGGAUUCGGUGGAAAGUCGAGGACUUUGGUCGCCGGAUGGACCCGAACCAGCAGCCCCAGCAGCAGCCGCCGUACCUCCCCCAGCCGGGGCCGCCGUUCAACCACCUGAUGCAGCAGCAGCAGCAGCAGCUCCAGAUGUUCUGGUCGUACCAGCGGCAGGAGAUCGAGCAGGUGAACGACUUCAAGAACCACCAGCUCCCCCUGGCCCGCAUCAAGAAGAUUAUGAAAGCCGACGAGGACGUCCGCAUGAUCUCCGCCGAGGCCCCCAUCCUCUUCGCCAAGGCCUGCGAGCUCUUCAUCCUCGAGCUCACCAUCCGAUCUUGGCUCCACGCCGAGGAGAACAAGCGCCGGACCCUCCAGAAGAACGACAUUGCCGCCGCCAUCACCAGGACCGACAUCUUCGACUUCUUGGUCGAUAUCGUGCCCCGCGACGAGAUCAAGGAGGAAGCCAUGGGCGGCGCCCUCGGCGCCCCCGUGGUGGGUCCCCCUGCCAGUGGCGUGCCCUACUACUAUCCGCCUAUGGGCCAGCCGGCUGCGCCGGGAGCGGUUUAUAUGCAGCAGCCUCCGCCUCCGCCUUCUCAGGCGUGGCAGAGCGUGUGGCAGAAUGCGGCCGCCGAUGAUGGCUCCUAUGGCCAGGGCAAUCCUGAUGGACAAGGUUGAUGAAACCUACCGGAAGAUGUUAAUAUGCUCCACAGCUCGCUGGAAGGUGGACUAGCCUUGCUGAUAUCUCUUAGGGUUACUUGUUGAACUGUGUACCGAUGCUCAUGACUAGUGGAUUUAAGCGUGACGCUGUUGACGAAAUAUGUGGAUGGCUGACUCAGUGCAGUGACAAUAUUGAUGCUAUGACAUGCCUAAUUGUUCUGCA